AUGUACAGAUACAUCGCCCCAGGUUCCAUUAUCGUUUCCGACAGCGCGCCCCAAUAUCGCGGUUGUACGACGAUGGGCUUCUCGGAUCAUAAGACCGUGAAUCACAGCCAGCAGGGCCCCGGGAGAUUCGUCAACAGCGAAGAUCCCGAGGCCCACACUCAGAACAUCGAGUGUAGACACCGCUGGCUGAAGAGGUCCAUCAAGUCGCUCCGCACGGACAGGAGCCUGCAGAGUUACACCUGCAGCUACGUGUACAGAACGCGGUUCCUGUCUAAGUUGCCUACAAUAUCGGCAAAGUUCCGGCAGUUUAUCGGGGAUAUCGUGGCCGUCUACCCGGGCCCCGGUCGCCAGGGUCUCCAACUCAAGACGAUCGGAGUGCCCGUGGAUCAACAUCUGCCGCCAGACGAGCCCUAUUUCGAUAUCCUCGAGCACGAGGGCGACGAAGAGGAACAGCAGGGGGAUGACGAUCGCCCAGUGAGUAGCGAAGCUUGUGUAUAG